ACAGCAAACUCUGACUCACAAUUUCCUAUUCAGAUUGCAGCAAGAAAAGAUUAUUUCAUAGAUAUAAUUCAUUUGAUAAAAGAAGGCAAUCUAAGUCAUCAUUUUGAGAGUUUCUUCCAUCUUCCACCACGAAUUCGGCAUAAUUCUUUAAGCAAGUUGCAGGAUCCUGCUCUAAAGGUUUAACAUCCGCCGUCUCUUCGAAUCAAAACGCUAUCUGGCUCAUGUUACACCUUGUAAAUCCAUUGUUUGUACUGGGUGUAACUCAAAAGACCCGCGGAUUUGAAGGCUAGUAGAAUUGAACUCCAUCAAGUCGGUUGAUUGGUGAUUACUUCAGAAUAGUUGGGUUUCUUUUGAUUUUAUGUACGCUUUGGUUGCUGUUAACCUGCCUAUCUCCGGCAAACCCUAAUCGUCAUUUGAGGUUUCGAACUUUCUCCAAGAAUCUGGGUUUUGAAGGUCCGCACGAUUCUUGUAUGGUCAACGUUGGGGGAUUGUUUUCCUGGUGGGAUGGGAGUUGAAGUUUGACUUCAUCUUCAUCAACGAAACAAGAGCUGAAUUUCUUUUCAUGGUUGGAAGGAUUGUAGAUUCUGGGAUAAACAUAAAUUAGGCAGCAUGGUUAAAGGGAAUCUUUUCCAUUAUAGAAAGAACUCAUGGCCUCCUGAAGAAUAUGUAAAUCGGACUACUCUGCAACUGCUUGAUUUUGAUAGUGGUGCCCCUCCUCAACACGCAUGGAGAAGGAAGUUGAACAGCCAAGCUGGUAUUCUAAAAGAAUUCAGUGUUACUUUUAUGGAAGCAUUGAAAAUGAUGCGCCUCGGCAUACGUCUAUGGUCAUAUGUAAGGGAAGAGGCCUCUCAUGGAAGGAGAGCGCCAAUUGAUCCUUUCAAUCGUGAAGGCAAGCCAGCAGCAACCCAAGGGGUUCCGCUUGGUGGGAUGGGAAGUGGCAGCAUAACUAGAGGUUUUAGAGGAGAGUUCAGACAAUUCCAAAUAAUUCCUGGUGCAUGCGAGCCGUCUCCUAUGAUGGCAAAUCAGUUCUCUAUUUUUAUAUCACGAGAUGGUGGGAAUAAGAAAUACGCAUCAGUUUUAUCCCCAGGCCAACAUGAUGGGACAGGAACAGAUCAAGGUCUAUCAUCAUGGGGCUGGAAUUUGAGUGGUCAGCAUUCCACAUAUCACGCAUUAUUUCCACGAGCAUGGACAGUUUAUGAUGGUGAACCUGACCCAGAGCUCAAAGUGUCAUGCCGUCAAAUUUCACCAUUUUUACCUCAUAAUUACCGAGAUAGUAGUCUUCCUACCACUGUUUUUGUUUACACGUUGGUGAAUACGGGGAAGGAAAGGGCACAAGUCAGCCUUCUGUUCACAUGGGCGAAUUCCAUUGGAGGAGUGUCACACUUUACAGGAGAUCAUGUCAAUGUGCCUUUCGUAGGUGAAGAUGGAGUCUCCGGUGUGCUUCUACAUCACAAGACAGCCAAAGAGAACCCUCCUGUUACUUUUGCCAUAGCUGCAUGUGAAACCCAAAAUGUAAAUGUGACUGUUUUACCAAGCUUUGGGUUAUCCGAGGAAAGCUGUGUUACCGCAAAAGAUAUGUGGGGUAAAAUGGGAGAGGAUGGACAAUUUGAUCGGGAAAACUUCAACAAUGGAGCAACUUUUCCUUCAUCAGCAGGGGAGGCUAAUUGUGCUGCAGUGUCUGCUUCGACAUGGGUUGAACCAAAUGGGAAGUGCACUGUAGCAUUUGCUCUGGCAUGGUCAUCCCCAAAAGUCAAAUUUAUGAAGGGAAAAUCAUAUCACAGGAGGUACACCAAAUACUAUGGUACUUCUGAGAGGGCGGCUGAGGACUUGGUUCAUGAUGCUUUAACAAAUUAUAAGAGGUGGGAAGAAGAUAUUGAGAAAUGGCAAAAUCCGAUCCUGAAAAAUGACAGCCUCCCAGAAUGGUACAAAUUCACAUUAUUCAACGAGCUCUAUUUUUUGGUUGCUGGUGGCACGAUUUGGAUUGACACUCCACUACCAGCGGCAGACUUUCAAAGCGAUCAGCAUCUACCAAGGAUAACAGACACGAAAGCCGAUGGCUCUAAUGGAAGUUCUCUUACAAAUUCUAGCGAAGAAGAUGAAGCGGAGGUUCCCGAGAGAGAUGAUUCUAGAAACCCUCCUUCAAGAUCACAUGAUGACGAUGAGGAUGUGGGUAGUUUUCUUUAUCUGGAAGGUGUAGAGUAUAUCAUGUGGUGUACUUAUGAUGUUCACUUCUACGCAUCAUUUGCACUUCUAGAACUUUUCCCAAAAAUCGAACUCAGUAUUCAAAGGGAAUUUGCAAAAGCCGUCUUGAGUGAAGAUACAAGAAAAGUCAAGUUUCUUGCAGAAGGGAACUCAGGAAUCCGUAAGGUUAAAGGUGCAGUUCCUCAUGAUCUUGGAACCCAUGAUCCAUGGCACGAAAUGAAUGCAUAUAACAUACACGAUACAAGCAAAUGGAAGGAUCUGAAUCCAAAAUUCGUGCUUCAAGUUUAUCGAGACUUUGCUGCAACUGGAAAUCAGUCAUUUGGAACCGAGGUCUGGCCUGCUGUUUGUGCUGCCAUGGAUUAUAUGGACCAAUUUGAUAGAGAUGGAGAUUGUUUAAUAGAAAACGACGGUUUCCCAGAUCAAACUUAUGAUGCUUGGACUGUUCAUGGCAUUAGUGCUUACUGUGGCUGCCUGUGGCUUGCUGCACUUCAAGCUACGGCAGCCAUGGCUGUCCAGCUAGAAGAUAAGACGUCUGCUCAGAAAUAUAAAAGCAAAUUCUUGAAGGCGAAAAGAGCUUUUGAAGCAAAACUGUGGAAUGGAUCGUAUUUUAACUAUGAUAGUGGGUCGAGUAAUAAUAGCAAGUCGAUCCAAGCUGAUCAAUUAGCUGGUCAGUGGUAUACAGCAUCUGCUGGAUUGCCGAAUCUUUUUGAUGAUGCUAAGAUUCAGAGUUCUCUGCAGAAGAUCUUCGAUUUUAAUGUGAUGAAAGUGAGAGGAGGUCGGAUGGGGGCUGUAAACGGUAUGCAUCCUAAUGGGAAAGUGGAUGAAACUUGUAUGCAGUCUCGUGAAGUGUGGGCUGGGGUGACGUAUGGUGUUGCAGCCACCAUGAUUCUUGCGGGGAUGGAAGAGCAGGCAUUCACAACGGCUGAAGGCAUAUUUACUGCUGGCUGGUCGGAGGAAGGCUUCGGAUACGCAUUUCAGACUCCGGAAGGAUGGACGAUGGAUGGGCACUUCAGAUCACUGGUAUACAUGAGGCCACUUUCCAUUUGGGGGAUGCAGUCGGCUCUAUCCGGACCCAAGGUCAUACUCGAUGCACCUGGUGCCAAUGUAAUGGACCGAAUUCAAUUACCUCCGCUUAGUUCACGAACAUCGUUUAAUGAUAGAAUGAUUGGUCACAAAGUCAAGUGUUUUAGCAACUCUGUAUUUCGGUGUGUGUGCUAGCUAACACCCCCAUAUUAUUCAUUGUUUUCCUUCUUCUGUUGGGCAUUAAUUCAUGCCACUUGUGGUUUCGUUCUUUGUAGCUUUCCAUAAAUAGCAAUGUCUUUUUUG